UAUUUUUAAAAUGUACUCAUCAAAUGUGUACACUUACCGUGUGUAUUGUAACGCAGUUCAAUUGAUAGAGUGAAUUCCGAUUUACAGUCACAAUUCAAUUGGAGUCAUAAAUGAAUUGUUGUGUGCCGUCACUGUUGACAAAAUUAACUGUAAAAUCAAACACUAUAUCACUGAGUCGCGAUGUAUAGAUAGUGAAAGAAAGUAUUUAAAAAUUCGUUCUUGUUUCAACUUUGGUUCGUUUGGUGUAUUUAUAAUUUUUUCUAGCGUUGUUUAGCAUAUCAUUUGUUGAGUAUCGACAGUUUUUGCCGUGAUUUGUUUUUUCGUCAUUUUUCGUUCAUUCUUUGUGUUCGGGCAGUAAUUUACUUCGGAACAGAGCUCAGUCUGUGUCGCCAUUCUAACAAAUGUGCACGCUUUACACAAUCUAGUUGCUACUGUGUGUUUUGUUCGCAAAGUGUUUCUCUGAAACAGCAGAACCAUGGAGUACUUAAAAAGUAAAGAACUGUCGGAUAAUCCACGGGAAGAUGCCAAUUGUUGUUCUUACUUAUGUUUCUGUUGGAUUUUUCCAAUAUUUCGUCAGGCUCGUAGGUCAGAGUAUGAUCAAAAUGACUUGUAUAAACCGUUGAAAAGCCAUAAGGCUGAUUAUCUCGGUGAUAAAUUGUGUAAAGCUUGGGAAGAUGAGGUGGCAUACAAAAGAAUGAGAAAUCAACGACCAAGCCUGUUUCGAGUGAUAAUGCGUGUAUUUGGAAUGGAAUUUAUGUUUUUGGGAUUGAGCUUAUUUUGUUUGGAGUUUUUCCUUCGUGUUCCACAACCAGAAUUUCUUGGUGCAUUGGUGCAAUUUUUUUCACGUCCAGAAAACGGAAGUCUCUCUGCGGACGCCUAUUUUUAUGCAACAGCUGUCGUUUUGGCUAGCGCGUUCAAUGUUAUGUUAAUGCAUCCAUAUCUAUUGAGUCAAAUGCAUUUAGGCAUGAAAAUGCGCAUCGCAAUGUGUAGUAUGAUUUAUCGAAAAUCGUUGAGAUUAUCAAAAAAUGCUCUUGGCGAAACGACUGUGGGUCAAGUGGUGAAUUUGCUAUCAAACGAUGUGGGCCGAUUGGAUAUUGCCAUAAUUUUCCUUCAUUUUCUGUGGGUGGGACCGAUUGAAACACUUGCUGUAACGUAUCUCAUGUACCAAGAGAUUGGAAUAUCAGCUGUGUUUGGUGUUAUAUUCAUGUUAAUGUUUAUCCCAUUUCAAGCGUUUAUGGGAAAGAAAACGUCGGUGUUUCGAUUGAAAACGGCAUUGCGUACAGACGAACGUGUACGUCUCAUGAAUGAAAUCAUUCAAGGCAUUCAAGUUAUUAAGAUGUACGCUUGGGAGAGGCCCUUCAGUAAAAUGGUUGAAUAUGCACGAAAAAAAGAAAUCAACGUGAUAAAAUAUGUGUCAUUCAUUCGUGGUAUAUUGUUAUCAUUCAUUAUGUUUACAACGCGUGUGUCAAUCUUUAUCAGUUUGGUGGCAUUCGCACUGCUCGGCAAUUUGGUUACUGCGGAAAAAGCUUUUGUCAUCACAGCCUAUUACAAUAUACUACGUGUUACGAUGACUGUUUUCUUUCCACAGGGGGUCGGUCAAUUGGCCGAAGCCCUUGUUUCGAUUCGUCGUAUUCAAAAUUUUAUGAUGUAUGAAGAGAUGAUGGACAAACCCGAAGGUAAAUUUGCCGAAAGUACUUCGUCGUUGGAGGAGAACAGCGAUCCUGAUCACGAUUUAACGCAAGAAGAAAUGGAUAAAAUGGCCGCCACCCAUUUGUCACAAGCGGGCGUAGUUUUGAAAAAUUUCAAAGCUCGUUGGAACGAAGCAUCCGCCGAUUAUACAUUGGAUAAUAUCAACUUUAGAGCACAGCCCGGUACUUUGGUUGCUGUAAUUGGCACCGUUGGUGCUGGCAAAUCGAGUUUAUUCCAGGCAAUUCUCGGUGAACUGCCACCCGAGUCCGGAUCUGUUACGGUCAAUGGAGCCGUAUCAUAUGCUGCACAAGAACCAUGGCUCUUCACUGGUACCGUUCGGUCGAACAUUUUGUUUGGUCAACCUUACGACCGUGAACGAUAUCGUCAAGUUGUGCGAAAGUGUGCCUUAGAAAGAGAUUUUGCAUUGUUGCCGCAUGGUGAUAGGACAGUUAUUGGUGAACGUGGUGCAAGUCUUAGUGGCGGACAAAGAGCUCGUGUUGGCUUGGCUCGUGCUUGUUAUCGCAAAGCUGCAAUCUAUUUGCUUGAUGAUCCAUUGAGCGCUGUUGAUACACAUGUCAGUAAGCAUCUCUUUGACCAGUGCCUCCGAGAUUUUCUCAAGGAAAAAACAGUCAUUUUGGUGACUCAUCAAUUGCAAUUCUUGCAAUAUGUGGAUCAAAUUGUCAUUCUAUCAAAUGGGCGAGUCGAAGCGGUGGGCAGCUAUGACAAUUUACGAGAUCGUGGUUUGGAUUUGAUGGAAAUUCUUGAAACGGGCAAAGAAGAAACUGGCAGUGAAAGUGCAUUGAGUCGUUCACGAUCAGGAAGCCGAAGAACACUCGGAGGUAGCCGACGCAGCAGUAUGGGUAGUAUGUAUUCGUUGGAAGAAGAAAUAUUGGAAGAAGAUCCAAUGGAUGUUGGAGAGAAACGGGCCGAAGGAUCAAUUGGAAUGCGAAUGUAUGCGAAAUAUUUCAAAGCGGGCGGUGGUUAUUUGAUGUUUUUUAUUAUGGUUAUGUUUUGUGUAUUGGCACAAUUAUUGGCUUCUGGGGGCGAUUAUUACGUUCAAUUUUGGGUUAAACAAGAAGAGGUCUCAAACAAAAGACAAAUGGACGAUCCUACCGAAAAUCCCGAUGUCGAUUUGCAUGUGACCGAAGGCAAACUCGCCGAUUUUACAAGAAGAAUAGCCAACACCGAUCGUUUGGUGUAUAUUUACACGCUUACUGCUCUUAUCAUCGCCACUAUCAUCGUGACAUUGAUUCGGAGCUUUAUCUUUUUCUCACUUGCAAUGAAAGCAUCUCGUAACCUUCACAAUACAAUGUUUCAAGGUGUUACACGAGCUCGAAUGUAUUUCUUUCACACGAAUCCAUCGGGGCGUAUUUUGAAUCGUUUCUCCAAAGAUAUGGGUCAAGUCGAUGAAAUUUUGCCAGCAGUUAUGAUAGACGUCAUUCAAAUAUUUUUGCAAUUAUUCGGAAUUAUUAUUGUCAUUUCUAUCGUAAACUAUUACUUUAUAAUUCCAACGGUUAUUGUCGGUAUAAUUUUCUACUUUUUGCGUGGCUACUAUCUGUCAGCGUCACGAAACAUCAAAAGAAUAGAAGCGAUAACUCGUUCACCAAUUUAUUCACAUUUGAGUGCAUCACUCACCGGACUCACCACAAUUCGUUCGUUCAACGCACAACCAAUUCUCAUCAAAGAAUUUGAUAAAAUUCAAGAUAACCACAGUUCAGCCUUUUAUCUAUUCAUUUCAACGUCUCGUGCAUUUGGCUUCUGGUUGGAUAUAUUCUGUGUGAUGUAUAUUGCUGUUGUUACAAUCAGUUUCUUCAUCUUUGGUGGUGAAGGUGGAAAUGUCGGCCUGGCUAUUACACAGGCUCUUGCAAUGACCGGAAUGGUGCAAUGGGGCAUGCGACAGAGUGCUGAGCUUGAGAACACAAUGACCGCCGUGGAACGUGUUGUUGAAUACGAAACUGUCGAUCCUGAAGAUGAGUUAGAAGCAACGGGUGACAGAAAACCACCACCAGAUUGGCCACAGCAAGGUCACAUCAUUUUCGAUAAACUUUCCUUGCGUUACUUCCCUGAUCCGGAGGCUGAUUUGGUGCUGAAAGAUCUGGACUUCGAUAUUUUACCAAUGGAAAAGAUUGGUAUCGUCGGAAGAACGGGAGCUGGAAAAUCCAGCAUAAUAAACGCACUAUUCCGGUUGUCAUACAAUGACGGUUCUAUUUUGAUCGAUCAACGUGAUACAGCUUCAAUGGGUUUGCAUGAUUUACGAUCAAAAAUUUCAAUCAUUCCACAAGAACCAGUGCUCUUCACUGGGUCAAUGCGUUACAAUUUGGAUCCAUUCGAUGAGUACAGCGAUGAAAAAUUAUGGUCGGCACUCGAAGAAGUUAAAUUAAAAGAUGCGGUGCGAGAUAUGCCAGGCGGUUUACAAGGCAAAAUCACAGAGAGUGGAGCCAACUUCAGUGUGGGUCAACGUCAAUUAAUAUGUUUGGCACGUGCCAUUCUGCGUGAAAAUAAAGUGUUAGUUCUAGACGAAGCGACGGCCAAUGUUGAUCCACAAACGGAUGCAUUAAUUCAAUUAACAAUACGAAAUCGAUUUGCAGACUGCACAAUUCUGACGAUAGCCCAUAGAUUGCAUACAAUUAUGGACGCCGAUAAAGUUAUGGUGAUGGAUGCCGGACAGUUGGUGGAAUACGCCAGUCCAUAUGAGCUGCUGAACGAUCUAAGCGGUAAUAAAGUGUUUUACGGCAUGGCCAAACAAACUGGACGAUCUACCUUUGACAACUUGUGCAAGAUGGCCGCAGACGCCCAUGAAGCACGCAAGAACAAAGUGGAAUAAAACUGCCAAAAAAACUGAAAUCAAUUUCCUCAAAAUUUAGGUUAAAUUUAGUUUAGUUUAAUUCAUUAUUACCACAAUUAUUUUUGUUGACAAUUUUGUCAUGUUUUGUUAUAAGCGCAUCAAUUGCAAUUGGAUUUAAGUUUGUGCAAAAACUUUAUUAAAUGAAUGGACCUAUAUAUCGACUGGUUGCCGAUUUAUAUUGAAUAUCCAAUUUAAUGGAUAUAUAAAAAUUGGAAUCAAGUACUAAACAAACAGACAAUUAC